CUCUCUCCAAAUUCGUUUUCCACACUAGAAAUUUAAAACUUAACAACACUGAUUUUCGAAAUGUCAAACUCGAGAAGAAGAAGCGCAUCCGCUUUCUUUUCCGACUGAAUUUUGUCGCUUCAAAAUCGCAAAAUGUCGCUCGUCAUCCCGGAGAAGUUCCAGCACAUUCUUCGUAUCAUGAAUACGAACAUUGAUGGUAAACGCAAAGUAGGCAUUGCCAUGACUGCCAUCAAGGGUGUGGGUCGCCGCUACUCCAACAUUGUGCUGAAGAAGGCCGAUGUCGAUUUGACCAAGCGUGCCGGCGAAUGCACUGAAGAGGAGGUCGACAAAAUUGUCACCAUUAUUUCAAAUCCGCUGCAGUACAAAGUACCCAACUGGUUCCUCAACAGACAAAAGGAUAUCAUCGAUGGCAAGUACUCGCAGCUGACUUCAUCCAACUUAGACUCGAAGUUGCGUGAUGAUUUGGAGCGUUUGAAGAAGAUUCGCUCACAUCGUGGUCUACGUCACUACUGGGGCUUGCGUGUGCGUGGUCAGCACACCAAAACAACAGGUCGCCGUGGUCGCACCGUUGGUGUAUCCAAGAAGAAGUAAGCAGCCUACGGUGAUCUGUUUUGCGGUGUUUUUUACAUAUAAUUCUAACAACAACCAUAAAAACAGAAAUACAUGAAAAAUUAAAAAACAAA